UGGGGGGGGGGGGGGUUCCCGGGAGCCAUGGGCUGCCCGUGCUCGGUUGAGCGGCGCCCCGACGAUCCUGGGCCCCCCACCGGGCCCGUGGCCCCUCACCUCUUCGUGGCCCUGUUCGACUACGAGGCGAGGACCCAGGACGACCUGAGCUUCGUGAAGGGGGACAUGCUGAGGGUCCCCGACGCGGGCCCCGACAGCUGGUGGUACGCGUGGCUCGUGGAGCGCGGGGCCCCCUCGGAGGGAGGCGCCGAAGGGUGGAUCCCGGCGAACUACGUGGCGAGGGUGCAGAGCAUCGAGGCAGAGCCGUGGUUCUUCGGGAAGAUCAGCCGGGCGGACGCGGUGAAGCUGCUGCUCGCCAGGGGCAACGACCACGGCUCCUUCCUGAUCCGCGAGAGCGAGAGCAAGCAUGGCGCUUAUGCACUCUCUGUGCGAGACGUGGAGCAGGUGCGGCACUACCACAUCCAGCCCCUGGAGGGAGGGGGCUUCACCAUCAACAAGCGCGCCGCCUUCUCCACACUGCAGGACCUCGUGCGGCACCACGUGCUCGAAGCCAACGGCCUCAAGUGCGCGCUCAUCUCGCCCUGCGUACAGGUCACGAGCCCUGUGACCUUCGGCCUCUCGCACGACACGGUGGACCAGUGGGAGGUGAAGAGGAGCUCCAUCGAGCUGCUGCGCCAGCUCGGGGCCGGCCAGUUCGGGGAGGUGUACGAGGGCCUGUGGAACAAGACGACGCGCGUCGCCGUCAAGACUCUCAAGCCUGGAGCCAUGGUGCCCGAAGAGUUCCUGGCUGAGGCGCACAUCAUGAAGAGGUUCACGCACUGCAACCUCAUCCAGCUGUAUGCUGUGUGCACCACGGAGGAGCCCAUCUACAUUAUCACGGAGCUCAUGGUGAACGGCAGCCUGCUGCAGUACCUGCAGAACGACGAGGGGGGCGUCCUGAAGAUGUGCCACCUCAUCAACAUGGCCGUGCAGGUGGCGUCGGGCAUGGCCUACCUGGAGGCCCAGAACUACAUCCACCGCGACCUGGCGGCGCGGAACAUCCUGGUCGGAGACAAUCUCACCUGCAAGGUGGCCGACUUCGGGUUGGCGCGCGUCAUCAAGGAUGACGAGUACAUCGCCCGGGAGGGAGGGAAGUUCCCCGUGAAGUGGACGGCCCCCGAAGCAGCCAACUACAGCCGCUUCACCAUCAAGUCGGACGUGUGGUCGUUCGGCAUCUUGCUGUACGAGAUCGUCACGUAUGGAAAGGUGCCCUACGCGGGGAUGACCAACGCGGAGGUCCUGGAGGAGCUGGAACACGGCUACCGCAUGCCGUGUCCCACGAACUGCCCGCGAGACUUCUACUCCAUCAUGUACAACUGCUGGCACAAGGAGGAGGCUUGCCGACCGUCGUUCCUGCAGCUCGACCACCAGCUGGAGGACCUCAUCACGGACUAUUCGGAGCCUCACGAGUUCCUCUCGUGAGAGGAACGAGACUCCUCUCGGCCUUUCCCCUAACCGUGGACGCGCGCGCAUGGGCAGGCGAGAAGGAGCUCCCGGCUGCCAGCUCCGCGGGGAUCCGAUAACGGCAGUGGAUUCGCGGAGAGACAGCGCACCCCAUCUAUGCGGCGUGCGGUCCCUGCGGAGAUGCCGGAGAUUGUGCGAAACGCGCGUGCGUGCGUGCGUGCGGCUGGCUCCUGCGUCGUCCGUGAAGCUAAUGUGGAGGGCUGCCGGGGUCUGCGCCGUGAGGCUUGUGCCCGCCCGCGGUGUCCAUGCGGCUUCCGACGCAUUAGACAGCGGCGGCGGGAGAUGUACGGGCGCGGAAGGGCGGGUGACGGUGGUCACGGAGAUCCUCACGUUCUCGCCCGAGGGAAUGUUAAGCCAUAGCCCCGGCCUCAUCCAGCGGCGGCGACGUCGAAAGGUACAUUCACCGAAAUCACUUGUUUUGCCUAAAGAUACCCGUACGUCGCUUUCCUGUUCGUCUCAGCCACAGCUUCACUAACAGAGACAAAAACGGAAGCAAUCGACCUGGUACUGCGAUGAGCAUUCUGCAAACGUGCGUUGCCGCGACACCAAAUUCUCUCGGGACCACGCUUAACGCGUCGCUCUGCUUUUUUUAAACGUUUCUCAAAACCAGCCUGCGUGAACUGCAGACGUCCGUCGAGCCAUUCCCCGCAGCUGCAGUCGCAAAACAGAGAGAAAAUUGAUGGUUGGUGGCCGCCGCACCACGGGGGGUUUGGGGUGAAUUUGUAUCGUCGAGCAGCCGUUCGUGUAGGUGGGUCGGAG